GAAAACACUAAAAAAAUGUCGCACUAUGGCGGAAAUCCACGUGGAAACUCAUCACACCAGUUUGGACGAAAAGAUUUCCAACAAUCAGAUUCUAAACACAUUCCGAAGAUAACUGGUCAGCCGCUACCUAAUGAAGUACAAAUUCCGUUUGACAAUAUGAUUUACGAGACAAGAAAUCCACCGAAAUUCGAGAAACAAGCAAAGUUCAUCUCAGAGUACUGUAUCAAUUAUGACAGGAAGCUUCAACUUGGAAGAAUGCGAGCCAAAAAGUUCCAUGAUAAACUUCCUCCAAACAAUUUGUCGCUGGAUCUAGGAAAAGGUUUUGAAACUUUUGAUCCAAAAGAAGGAGAUGAAAAGAUUAUAAUGCUUCUUGAAUGGAUUAAUCAAAUGGCUCCAGAAGGUGGAAGACUUAAGAAAGUUAUUCACGAGGCUGAUGUAGUAUGCUGGAGAGGAUUGAUUACAAAGAUAUGUUCAACAAUUUACAAUAAAGAAGAAGGAUGGAGAAUAGACGCGAUUAAACGAAAAGGCGUCAUUUUUCUGUGUGAAGAGAAGACAGAGCAGGCCAAAAAUAGAGAUCUCAAUCAAACCGACUUGGACAAAAGAAUGAGCUACUGGGGACACAAGUUCGAGCAAUAUGUUACGCUCGACGAUGAUGCGGAACAACCAGACACUUCAAGUCCAGUGACAACGAAAGAAGAGUAUGCAGUUGUAUUUCGGAAUGAUCUUCAAACUGAUCAACGUCUUAAUCCUGAAAAAAGGUCAAUUGGGAUAUUCUAUUCGGGAGAAGUUGAUUGUCUGGAUAGACACGGAAAUAUGCUCGAGCUAAAAACUCAGAAAGGCGAGCUCGGUCAUGGAUUCUACAAAUACUCAAAAUCCUUCAAAUGGUGGCUUCAAUCAUCAUUGGUCAACGUCGAUCACAUCAUCGUCGGACUUCGAACACAGGAAGGCCACGUCAAAUCGUUGACGUCACUGCGUACCCGAGAGAUCCCACAGCGAGCCUCAUGGAAUUUCAGAGCCGGCUUCGAGUUUCUCUCCACAAUUUUCACUUAUAUUCUUAACUGCCUUGAGAAGGACGGAGAUGCGUGUGUUAUAGAAUAUCGCAGUGAGAUGGGUAUUCAUAAAGGAAUUCAAAUGAGAAGAGUACCGGUAGAUGAAUUCGAUUUUGUGCCGAAUGAGUUCCUCGAAAAGUUUUGUUGAUAAAUAUUUUUAUUGUUGUAUAAUUCUAUUUAUAUGAACUGUUUUUGAG